AUGGGGUUUAAUGCUUCAAUGUAUUCUUCUCCAAUAGAAAAGGGGGCAACGGGGUUUGGUUACCGAAGAAAAGAUUUAGAGGAUGAUAGGGUAUUCAAUUUGGAGUUGCUGCCUUCAGACCGUGACCUCCACCUCGGCGUCAUUCAUCUCCCAUCUCGUCUUCGUCGUCGUCGCUGUUGUCUUGUCUUAUCGGAGUUGCAAGUUCUAUUAGUGAACAUGAUGAUGUCGGCAGAGCCAAGCUUGCUAGCCAUGGAACCUGAAUUUUCUAUGCCAUCGAACUCAAACAUGGCAGAAUCAACACAGAGUAAGGAGGCUACAAGUACUACUAUAGACUUGAAUGAUGAUUUUGAUGGUGAAAAUAAUGAAGUUGGAGUUAGUGAAGAAGAGUCAGAAGAAGCCACAAGACUUAGAGAAAAUGCUGAUGUAAUUCAUUCUAGAAUGAGUGAAGAAUUGAUUCCUGUGGUUGGUAUGGAGUUUGAUAUAGAAAAAGAUGCAGUUGCUUUUUACAAUCGAUAUGCAUACAGAUUUGGUUUUGGUACUAGGUUAAGUAAAGCACAUACAUCCUCCAGUGGGUUAUUGAGGGAUAGGCUUUUUGUUUGCGCGGCCGAAGGUAAACGUAGAGAAGACAAGAGAAGCCUAUAUGUCAAAUUUCAUCGUGUUGAGACAAGAUUUGGUUGUGGAGCAAGAAUGAAAAUUAAAUAUGAUCUAUCUUCUGGAAAGUACACUGUUAUGGAAUUUGUUGCUGAUCAUACUCAUGUGACUUCAACUCCUAGUAAGAGCCAUCGCUUUCGGUCUCAUAGGAAAAUCUCUCUUCCUCAAAAUGUUCAAGUUGAUAUGGCUGAUGAUUCAGGACUUGCUCCAAAAGAAACUCUCGAGCUAUUGAGUCGACAAGCUGGAGGGCGUGAGCAUCUAGGAUUUAUUGCAGAAGAUUUAAGGAACUAUUUACGUUCAAAGCGGACUAGAGAGAUGAUGUCGGGGGAUACCAGUGGUGUAUUGGAAUAUUUACAAAAGAUGCAAUCUAAUGAUCCUAGUUUUUCCUAUGCUAUACAAGUUAAUGUGGAAGAUUUGAUAACCAAUAUUUUCUGGGUUGAUGCAAAGAUGAAGAUAGACUAUGAUUAUUUUGGUGAUGUAGUAUGUUUUGACACUACCUAUAGGAAAAACAAAGAAGGAAGGCCAUUUGCGAUGUUUGUUGGAGUCAAUAAUCAUAAACAAACACUUAUAUUUGGUGCCGCAUUAUUAUAUGAUGAGACCGCUGACACUUUUAAGUGGUUGUUUGACACCUUUGCGAAUACAAUGUAUGGGAAGACACCAAAGAACAUAUUGACAUACCAAGAUGCUGCAAUGGCUAAAGCCUUAGCUUCUCAAUGGCCAAAAACACAUCAUUGA